GCCGGUGAGAAGGAUAGUUCCGCUCCUGGGCAAAAGGAGAAUGCGUGGAAAGUCAUGCCAUGCCAUGAGCGUCUGAGGUAAUUGGCGGUUGCGUGAUGAUAUAAAGAGGGCGACGCUGCGCUUCCGAGGCUCUGGCUGUGGGAAGGUUUGAGGAGCGGCAGGCAACUACACCUAAGACGAUGACUGACAUGCUUGAUAACCACCAAGAGAGCUGGGACUCUCUGGUCUGCAUGGUGGACAAGUACCGUAAGCAAACGGGCAACGAUGUCGUCCUCCUCACUGCUUACCGGCCCAAGCUGCAGUCUAACCUCGCCUACGCUGUCCACGGGACGGGGACCCUCUCGGACGCCACCAAGCACUACCUGGACGAUAUAGCAGUUUUCCACAAGACCUCCGCCUACACCAGCAGCACCGUGCUGGAGCGGGGGGGCAGCGGGAAAGCGGCAAAGGAGGAGGACACGUGCAGCGCUGAGGACUCCUUCUCCAAGAGCUACCCGUCCAUUUACGGCAAGGGGGGCUUGCCCGCUGACAGUCUGAGCCCGAUGGAACUGAGAGCAGAGGCAGAAUGUGACUCCGGAGUGGCAGAGAGCGAUGAGAGAACGACUUCGGAAACCGAGAGAGAAGUGGACAGAUGUAACUUAAAUGAUUCUUCAGCUAUUUUCACGAUGGACGAAGAAUCGACCAGUCAGGAUUGUGAGCCCUUCUUUGAAUCUGAUUUGGAUGGUGAGAGCACAGAUGAUGGCAGUUUGAGUGAAGAACUUCCAGUCCGUCCACAAUCUCUAUCUCAAACAAUGUGUCAUCAGUAUGCCAAGUCCUUGCCCAUGUCUGUGCCCAUCUGGGGAUUCAAGGACCUGAAGCCAAAGAAGUUUCACGAUGGGGAUAAUGAAGAACGGUUGCCUUCGCCGGACUUGGACAAGAUUGCCGCCAGCAUGAAAGCCUUGACCAUGAGCGUGACGGACGGCACCGAGAUGUUUGGCGACCUACCUCGACCUCGACUCAACACUGGCGACUUUCAGAAGCCCUAUCGGAAGUAUUAAAAGCACUUUUCGAUCCCUCCUUCCCUCCCUCCCUCCAUCCGAGCCCCGUCACCCCCAAAACGGCCUCAACACCACCCAACACUACAGAGAUGCUUCCUAUGAAGCAAGAUCUUACUGGCCAGAAGCCUGUGGCAAUCCAUGUAGCACUACAUGUAGCAUUUAAGGUUGUGAAUGACAAGACUGGUUCGAGUUGAUUCUAACUUUUUUUUUGCGCUGAAGGAAAAGUAUAAACUUUAUAGUAUAUUUCUGAUAAAAAGCAUUAUUCCACAAAUCUACCUUUGUCCUGACUUGUAGGUCUUUCUCCUUUUUCAAUGACCGCCCACAGCUUUUAAACAGCCUAACUGGCCCCCUUCACUGUGCUCGAGCAAAAAUCUUGAAAGCUGGUUGAGGCUGGAGAUCCAACUGGAGGGAAUCUAUUUGAAACCUUGGUCGUUCAUUCUAUCGAAGACCAGAAUUUAAACUUUUUAUCUCCUUUUGAAGGGAGGGUAUAAUCUCCUUGCAUGGAAUAUCAAGCACCCACUGUACAGUCCCCUUUUCCCCCUCAAAUCGCCCCUCCGUAACCUUGUCGGUGAAGUUUCAUGCUGUGCUGACACAUGUGUAGUCAGCAGCCUGCAUUAGUUCAGGUAGGAACAGGAUCCUUCAAACACUAUAUUACUGCGUGCUGCCCCUGCUGCCAACUGAGAAUAUAACCCUGUCAUAUUUUUCAGAACCACAUUUCAAGGAUCUGAUCAUUUCUGGAAGAAAUUAUGGAAUUUGCAUACUUGAUAAUGUUUUUUUUUUUCCUUUUUAAGUGUUUAUUUUUAAACUACAUACUUCCCCCAGAAAUACGUAAAAUCCAAGCAACUCCUGAAAUAAGAUUCAUUUUGUUAUGGCGGUGAGAGGGACUUGUUUUUCUGGUUAAUCUGAGAUAAAUAAAAGUGUUCCCGGUGUCCCGAUUUGGCAUCGAUCCUUCCGUUACAUCUCUUGCGGUUCUUUGCCUCUUUAUUCAGCAUCUUUUGAUGGCGCCUCCUUCAGGUGACCUGAUAAAACGUGUGCAAGUGGAUUGUCAAAUGGAUGCCAUCAGCUGGCUUUGCCUUGGAGACUGCCGUGUUGGUUCUGUGCUACCUUGUGCAUAUAUAUAUAUAUAUAUAUAUGGUCACCCAGCUUCUUUUGAGACUUGUCUCGCAGCAGAUAUCUUGGGUACGGUGGAACUGUACUGCUCCAUUCUCUGCAGCCCAGUCCCAUGAACACAAAGUGAUUCCAAUUGGAAUCCAAUGUGGAUUCGAGGAGCCCGCAGCAUUAGAUCAGUGGUGCACGCUUUAGUGCCCGUGUUUAAUUUAAAAUGGAGGACAUUUUAUGGCCUUUAGCCGUUGACUUUAUCGUGCAUGGCGAUGCGUGCCAUGCACGAUUCUUGUCGAAAGUAACUGGCCCGCUGCUCAAUGCCAGCACAGUUUGGCUGGGAAUUGUCAACUGCAGCAUGAGGGGCCUGUUCCAUCUUGCUUAAGAUGCUGCCUUUGCACAAGUUGCCAUAGGAACUGAAUGCUGCUUGUUCCUGUCUUAAAAUUAUAAAGAAAGCUCUCGUCUCCUUUCAAACGACUCCAGACCCCUCCAACGGUCGCUGCAGCCUAUCUUUUUGUUUUGUUUUUAAAAAAAAAAAAAACUCUUUUUCUGCUCCCAGCUGAAGAAAGGCUUUGCGAUGCAAAUGUCGAGUUGAUUUCCCUUUCUGUUUGCCUGGCUUGUUGGCUGACCUUGCACAGUGUGUUGCGGCCACCUGUUUAUAAACCUAAAUGGCUUGUGUGAUGCCUUUUUUUAAAUUUGUGGUUUGGGAGCUUUUGCAUGUGUUAUUUUUUCUUUCCCUUGUUUCACUUCAGGCUGGCUACAGUGGUGUUAUUAUGCUGGCUGGUGUCGGUGAAAGUUGUAGACGAUCGGGUUAGCCUCGCCGGAGUGGUAGCGUUCGGCGCCACCGUUUCGGCACCUUGUUGCUAAUUCAAGCGACCGUCUCACCCAUAACCCCUACAACCAGGUAGAGAGCAGGAGAUUGAGGGUAAAAACAAAAACUGCGAUCAUUAACAAAGUAGACGGUAAAUGAUUACAAAAGUCUCGAAAUGCAUUCUACUGGUUUAGCUACAGGUUUAUUAUUGCUAUAUGCUUAAUUGAGAUGAAAGUUUAGAUGAAUUAAGAUUAGUCACCAGCUGGUUAUUUUUACUUUGGGCAUAGAAAAAUUCAUGACACAAUUUAUAGGGGACAACAGAAAACUACAUUUAUAUUAAACGGGAGGACAAUCAAAAACCGGUGCCGAAACGACGCAACCAAAAAGUACCUGUCCCUAGCCUCGUCCCCUCCAUUCUGUUGUUGCCUCUGCCUUCUCCAGAACCAGCCUUGUUGCCAUCCAGUCGGUCUCUAGACAGGGGAUGGAGGAAUAGCAACCAUGUUUCCGUUUUGUUAAAUGGUCAUAUCAGAAUGCAUUGGAUGUUGUCAAAGGUAGACACAUAGCUGGAGUAACUCAGUGGACGAGGCAGCAUCUAUGGAGAGAAGGAAUGGGUGACGUUUCGGGUCGAGACCCUUCUUCAGACUGAAGACCUCUCGACCCGAAACGUCGCCUGUUCCUUCUCUCCAUAGAUGCUGCCCCGCCCGCCGAGUUACUCCAGCAUUUUGCGUCUACCUUUGGAUUUUAUCCAGCAUCUGCAGUCAUUUCUCACACGUUGGGUGUUGUCAAUAUCUCGAUCACAUCCCACCAGUGAAGGUGGAUUCUUUACUCUUUUGUAUUUCAUCACCGGAUCAGACAAUUGACCAUCUGAUAAAACAUCUUUUAGUAAGACUGGCGUGCUCUUGAGCUAGAUGCACAAAUUCUGAAUGGAGUUCUUGUUGCGUGUGAGCACACCGCACCGUUGACUUGCUGCAGCUGUUCCUGGACAUCAGUUUGGAUUCCAGUUCCCACAUUGGGAGAGCAUCCAAGGAAAUUUAAUUCCAGCAUUAAAUUUUUUUUUAUUUUUUUUUUAUUUUUUUUUAUUUUGUGCCAAGCUCUUCGACUGUGGCUGCCUUCUCUCCAGCCUCUUGCCUGGGUGAUCGAGAGGUGGGGGCUGUGAGAUGAGCGUGGCAGUUCAUGUUACAAUUUUCCUUGCUGUUCACGUUCAGAGUUUCCAUAUCGGCCACACUUGGCCAAUCCUCCUUUGUAGAGAGGAAUGUGCAAACCGUGACUGAUGGAUCUCCGAAUAUGACUGAUUUAGGCCCUGAUUGGGAAGAGUGUGCUUGGAAGAUUUAGCGCCUUUCCACAAAACACUGCCAUUCCCUGCUAGGGCAGAGAUGGGAAAGACAUUUGCGCCUAGUUCAGUUGGCACAUCCUUCGUACCACCCUGCAGUCACCCAUACGGGUUUCAUUGAUGUGAUGCCUUUCUACUGUGGGAUGGGCUGAUGUGAUUGCAGGCACUUGGCAUUCAUGCAGUUGGGAUUUGCCUUCACAGAUGGAGUCUGGCUGCUCCCACGGGUUUAUGCAACGCUGUUUCACACAAGGCUCGCCUCCCUCUCCCCGCCGACUGAGCAUCUUUGCCCGGUGCAGCCUCCCAGUUUCAUUCUGCAGCUCGAAUCCCUCUGCGAUUCCUGCCUCGUAAGCCCACAUCUGCUGUCGGCUCCAGCCAGCUGUGAAGUGGGGCCGUGGGUAGUUGCACUCCAGUGGAAACACGAGUGGAGUCGGGUCUGUUCUGGCUGCACAUGUUGGAGGGAGGCAAGGAAUAUGAAACUAGAACAGCUAGUCUUGCUCUGCACUUCUGAAGCCCAGUUUCUGUUUAAAAGCUGUGUGAAAUCCCUCUCAAAAUUCUGUUUUGGCCAAAAAUUUUGCUUAAUCCUUAAAACAACGCCUUAUAAAAAAAACAAAACAUUUAAUUGGCUGUUAUUAAGCACCUAGAAGGAGAAACACUUAUUUUUUUUCUCUCAUUGAGGGGGGUGGGGGAAAGAUUUGGGCUGAUAUCUAAAGGCUCCAUUACAGUAUAAGGGGUUCACUGUUUGUUAUAAAAUGGCAAUCUAUCUAUUUUAAAAUGUAGGCCUCUGGCAAUUGAGCUCCUGGUGAAAAAUAAAGUUCUACUGUGAUCUCUCUUCCCCCUUUU